AUUGCUGUAUUCAGUUUGCAACGACCGUUACGAAUUAAAUCAUUUUAUUAUUGCAUUAGGUCAGUAUUUAUAAUACAGUUUGUCAUCUGAAUUAGAUUAAUUCAACAUGCAAAACAAAGUGAGUGAAACAGCAAGCGCUGGAGAUGGAAAAGAAGAGCAAAACCCAAGGACUGGAAGCAACACAUUUGAAGAUGACAAGGCACAACAAGAAGAUGUGAAGAUGUCAAUAAAUGGCACAGAAGAUACUUAUUUGACAAAGACAACAUCGGAAAAUGGGAAGCACAUUUCAGGUCCCAGAAUUACCAAGAAAUUAUUAAGAGACCACUGCAAACAAAACAAACUUUACCUGACACCAAGACUGAAUGACACACUCUACCUUCAUUACAAAGGUUUUGCCGUUAUUGAGGGCUUAGAAGAGUAUACAGGCUUGCGUUGUCUCUGGCUUGAGGGCAAUGGAAUCCAGAGAAUUGAAAACCUGCAGAAUCAGACAGAGCUUCGCUGUCUUUUCCUCCACCAGAACAUCAUCCAAACACUAGAGAACAUUGAACCACUCACCAAGCUCUGCACACUUAAUGUGUCAAACAACUACAUCAAGGUCAUCCAGAACAUAUCGAGCUUGAGUGAGCUAUCUACACUGCAGAUAUCUCACAAUGCAUUGGAGAGUCUUAGUGAUGUGGAGGAGCUAGGUAACUGUCCCGCCAUCAGUGUUCUGGACUUGUCACACAACCGCCUCAGUGACCCAGAAAUGAUCACUGUACUAGAGAAGAUGCCCAACUUGAGAGUGCUAAGCCUUAUGGGUAAUAAUGUCAUCAAGAAAAUACCAAACUAUAGAAAGUCGCUGAUUAUUCGACUAAGGCAGCUAACAUACCUGGAUGACCGACCAGUUUUUCCAAAAGAGAGAGCGUGUGCAGAAGCAUGGGCAACGGGAGGUUUGGAAGGAGAAUGCAAAGAAAGAGAAAUGUGGCAAACACGAGAGAGAAGAAAAAUUCAGGAGAGUCUGGAUUCUAUGACACUUAUCAGAGAAAAUGCUCUAAAGAAAAGACUAGAUAAAGAACAGCAGGAGAAAGGAAUGUUUGACCCUGAAAGUAUUGCUGUAGAAGAUCACAACAGUAUUCAUGAGGAAUGUAACCAGUCAGAAUCAGAAACAAAGCAGAGUGACCAAUUAAAACCAGACCAAAUAGAGAUGGACUUGCCAGUAUCAUAUAAGGAGCACAUUCAAACGAUGGCGGAAACGAUUCAGUCAGCACCAGAGCCAGAUGAGAACGAUCAGUCAAUCAGUCAACCAUCAGCAUCGGAUGUGAAUCAGGUACUCCAAUCAACAUUGGAAGUGGAGCAAAUUCUCCAUUUAACUUCAGCUUCAAACAGAGUUGUGCAACUGAAAUCUGAGAUAGAGGAUGUUCUCCAGGAAAGCUCAGAUGCAAAACAGGUUCUCUCUCCAGGUGAUAAUGAUCCCAAUGACCAGUCAGGACAAAGGAAUCAUCUACAUUUUCAUAUACCAUCAAAAAGGAAUCAGAAAACCAAAAAUGAAUUACAUUCAUAUUCAGGGUCAGACUCUGAAUAUUCAUUUCUAGUGGCUGGCACAAGUGGUUCUGUCACUGAACUUAUCACGGAUGAUGAAAUAGAGACGGUUGACUUGUCUGAAAUUUCAUCACUGACUAUCAGAGAUUUGCCAGAUUUGCAGUUUAUGGACACGGACAACAUACAAACAGUACCUCAGACUGUGCACUGUCCCAAAAUUCAAGUCAUAUCUGAAACUGACUGUAACUCUGAACAAAAAGAAAAUCUCCACAUCAAGUUUACAUCUGUAUCAAACUGUCUGGAUAAACCCCAUCUCUAUAGCUGUUCCACCAAAAACACAGCAACAAGGGAUCCUAGUCUUCUUUUUACUAAUGAGACAGAACCAGAAAUAGAUCCUGAGGCUGGGGAUGCCUAUUUUAUAACAGAAGAAAAGCAAAAAAACAAACUUAUUGAGGAGCUGGAUUGACUCUAACCCAGGGUUCAUUUCUUGACUAAUAUGUCUUCAUUAAUUAUAUUUGAAAUUAUCAUACCAUUUUAUUGAUAAAUUAUAUACACACAUGGCUAGGUACUACGUUUUGUUCAUUUGUUUGUGAAUUGUUUUAUUCACUUUAUUCUUUUACAGGUAAUUAACUUCUGCACAUCUGAUAGCAGAAUAACUGUUUACAUGUUGAUCUUAACAGUGCUUCAAAUGUUAUUUUAAAAAUUAUUCUCACUUAAUAAUAAACAAAACAUGAAAUCUGA